AUGUGUAGACCAUGUAAUAAGAAUGGGAAUGCGACUGGCUUUAAACCAGCAUGGGCAAUUUGGACAAUUUCAAAGGCUCUGCUAAAGUUAAAACAUGCAUGGAAAAGUAUGCACAAUACCAGGCUUCUGUCUAUGUCUAUAUAAGACAGCUACAGUGCUCUUGAAACCCUUACAGACCCAGAUUGGGCAUGACAUUUGGACUGUUCUUCAGGUCCCUCCGUUAUGAUCUCCUGGCCAACCAUCUACCAUGUUCUUGAAGAAACAGUGCCCUUGUAUGUAGCUAUGAUAGUGGCCUACUUAUCCAUACAAUGGUGGAAGCUGUUCACCCCAGAGCAAUGCUCUGGGAUCAACAAGUUUGUGGCGAAGUUCUCCAUUCCUUUGCUCUCUUUCCAGAUCCUCUCUACAAACAAUCCUUAUGACAUGAACCUAAAGCUCAUAUUCUCAGACAUCCUACAGAAAUCGAUCUCCUUGCUGGGGUUUGCAGUUAUCUCUAAAACAUGUUGUGUGGAGAAGUUUGAUUGGCUGAUUACAGGUUUUUCUUUAUCAACACUGCCCAAUACCUUGAUUGUUGGUAUCCCAUUGCUGAAAGGAAUGUAUGGCGAUGAAGCUGUGAAACUCCUAAGUCAGAUAGUUGCCUUACAGAGCCUAAUUUGGUACACACUUCUGUUGUUUCUGUUUGAGUUUCGGGCUGCUAGAGGAAUGGAUACCACAACAUCAUCAGAAACUGCAAAUGAAGCAGGAUCAGGUACUCCAGCACCUAUGCAGGAAAGGCAUGAAGAGGGCCAAGCAAAAGGAGUAUCAGCAAGAUGUUAUAGUGCCUUUUGCUUUUUGUUGGUGGUCGGUAGGAAGCUAGUGAUAAAUCCAAAUAUGUAUGCAAGCCUAAUAGGUCUAAUCUGGGCACUGAUCAGCUUCAGAUGGAGAAUACAAUUGCCAUUGAUUGUCAGCAAUUCCAUAAGAAUACUUUCAGAUGGAGGGCUAGGGAUGGCAAUGUUCAGUCUAGGCCUUUUCACCGCCCUACAAACUAAAAUGAUAGCCUGUGGAACCAAAAAGAUGCUACUAUCGCUAGGCAUCAGAUUCUUCCUAGGACCAGCCCUGAUGGUGAUCUCUUCCUAUGCAAUAGGAAUGCAUGGGACUCUGCUGAAGGUGGCUAUCAUACAGGCAGCUCUACCUCAAGGAAUAGUGCCAUUUGUGUUUGCGAAGGAGUAUAACGUGCACGCUGAUAUUCUGAGCACUGCAAUAAUUGUCGGCAUGAUGGUUGCGGUUCCUGUGGCCCUGGGUUACUACUUCGUCAUCGACCAUCCCAGACUCUAACCAUCCCCUAUUUACAAAAAAAAAAUAGAUUCGAAGCUAUUCAUUUUGCGAAACAGUAGUAAAAAUUGCAAUGUGGAGGACAAAUUAGCUUGUGCUUAUGAUAUAGGUUUGCCAAGGCUGUAAACAUCUGCACGCUUGGAUAAUGAUAACCCAAGCUAAUGAUAACCAGUUCGUAUCUCAUGCAGAGUAUUUUUCAAUUCUUUGGCCAGUACUAAAUGCAAAAAGAAAAGAGACACGCAGAAAAUUGUACCUGUCCUACCUUUUU